GUUUCCGGGGUGGAGCCAGGGAGGGCGGGAGUUUAGGCUGCACCGACCCCCCUCAGCCCCCCUCCAGGAGACGCUCGGAGCCCAGGACAUGCCGGGAUUGAGGAGAUACGAGGUGGCGCUGGAGGCGGAGGAGGAGAUCUACUGGGGCUGUUUCUACUUUUUCCCCUGGCUGCGAAUGUGGCGGAGAGAACGAAGCUCUGCACACCCGCGGGAGCACAAGCUGGAGCCUCUGCGGGGCCUAAUGAGCUGUCUGUCGAGCGGCCUGGGCCCUGCUCCCUCGCGUUCCGGUCGUGGCUUCCAUUGCCGCACUCCCGCCGCCGCUGCCCAGGCAGCCGGUGCAUUAAAGAUUUAAAACGAA